UCAUAAGCGCCAUAGAGCUACACGCGGCCUCACUCUCCGUCGGUUGCUAGACGAGUCUGUUAUCUUUCAGCGACUUUAUCACCGGUUUCUUUGCACUUUGCCGGACGUUUUCGGAUUUAAGGGAAGACAUAUAUCAGCAAAGGUCACAUUAUCCGGUUACGACCUGGUUACACGUUCCAUUGACGUGUGAAAGCCACGCCCUUGCUUUAAAUCCACCUGCGCUUUCAGAAGCUCAAUUUAGUGAAGCGCUCAAAGAAUAAUAAUUGAUAAACUCUCCGUUAUAUCUAUCUGGACCAUCCAGCCCUACGACUAUUGUUUCUCCUCGUUCUACAUCAAGAACAUCCAGGUCGAUAGGACAGCAAAGAUGAUGCAAAUCUGCGACUCCUACAACCAAAAAAACUCCCUAUUCAAUUCCAUGAACCGGUUUAUUGGUGCUGUGAACAACAUGGACCAGACGAUCAUGGUGCCAAGUUUGUUGAGGGAUGUCCCAUUGGAACAGGAGGGGGAGAAAGAGGUGAACUCCUUCCAGGAUGGAGACAUGUAUGGCUCUUAUGUGCUCCUCAAAUCAAUUAAAACCGAUAUCGAAUGGGGUGUGCUUCAAGCCGAUGAGAGGCGCAAGGAAAAGCAUGGCAUGACGUCGGCCCUGGAGAUGUCUCGCAUCGAGCCGAACGAUGAGGAUUUGGAGAAGAUGUUUCAUUUUCACCUAAACGGACUGCACACGGUACUGGCGAAACUCACCCGAAAAGCGAACACUUUAACAAACCGGUACAAGCAAGAAAUUGGUAUCGGUGGGUGUGGGAACUGAGAAGAACUAGAAUUUGCUCCAUCCAUCACUGGUGGACCGCAAAAAAAGUUCACAAGAGGGUGCAGCAGGGGUUGAAGCCAAAUGGGCCCCUGGCGGCUUCUGCGCAUCUUUAAUUCGCCGGAUUGGAAAAAAAAAGACUACUACUCGAUGCCGGUUUACAAGCACCCUUAAUUCCCCUGCUAAUAUCCCUUGAUAUUGUUUGCACAACCUUGAUGCUGGCUUGGAAACAGGCUUUUGAAAUUUAACGCAAUUUAUUUAAGCAAACAAGCCAACAUAAAAAUAAAAAAGAUAUGCAAAAGACAUAUAAUUGGCCGAUAUUGUAAUUUUGGCGGUGCAUUCAUGUAGAUUAUAACAGGCUGGGCUGAGAACUAAAAACACGAAUUAUGUAUAAAACGCACAUUUCUACACUAAAACGCCGCUGGUACUUUAUGACGUCACAAUCGAUGAGGGAAUUGCAUGACGGUUCUUACGGAUGUUGACAGAUUCCUGAAACUUACGUCAUAUUUCUGUUGGUCAUUGUCUAAAUGAAAAGUUGUCGUGUAUUUUUUCUAUCACAAAGAUGGUUCGGGAAAAUAAACGUUUUGUAAAUGCAA